AGAAAGCAUGGAUUGUACCAUAGUAAACGCUGCCAACAAAAAGGACGUAUUUCCUGAUAUUAGGCUGUACAUGGAACUGAAGACUAGGCUUAGAAUAGCACAGUUUUAUCUUAUCUUUCCAGCUGAUACAUUCAACUGCAGAAAUAUGAAAGUAGACUUCUUCCAAGAUAAAAUUUGCAUCCAAACCAUGGAAAAUGAAAGCUCAGGUCCAUGUUAUGAAUUCUCUCUGGGCCCAGCCUAUGUACUUCCAGCCACAUGUAAUGGUCUCAGUCUCAGUGAACAUUCUGAGCUACACUGGAGGAUGCAGUUACUGACUGAUGGGGAUGGAGGCCUUGACCUUGACCCUGACCCUGACACUAACCUCACCAGUCAAGGUCAAAGCACAGCAGACCAAAUGGUUGAUGUAUUAAAGAGUAGUAGUGGGCCUUGCUGCUGUUCUAUGUGUGGAGAGAAACUUUUACAAAAAAUGAAAUUCCACCGUGUCUUGCCGUUACCUUCAGAGGGGUGGGCUGAUUUUGCUGACAGCUGGUUCUGCCAUACCCAUACACAUGAACAUGGUGCUAGUAACAGUUGUCAUGGCAAUGGGACUGAAAGCAAUAAACUUGGCGACAGCCCUAGUGAAAAUGAUAAUGCCAGUAAAUGCCAAACUGAUGACAUUCACCAUGGGAACAAACACCAUGGCAACAAAGAAGCAAUUGAUCUGUUGAAAAAGGCACCUUUUUGCCCUAAAGAAGAUGAUUGUUUUGUUGGUGAUACAUAUUGUCUGAUACACCCGUGUCAGAUCAGCAGAGAGACAGUGGAGAGGAAGAAUCAAAGCAAUUUGUUGAAUUGUCGAAGAUGUCACAACCAAAUUGGAGAGAUGAUGGGAACUCAUCUGGAUGAUCAUUUAGCUGUUAAAGUAUUUUUACAUGCAGUCUCAUUGAAACCACAUGGAAAUAAGCCAGAGAGAGUCAAGUCAACAGAGGUGUCCCUGACACAGUACAUGUUAAAUCUAUCAAACAGGUAUACCAGCUUCAGGUUUAUCAUAGAACACAGGCAGCCAGCAGAUAAACCAAAGCCAUACUUACUGUUUUGGAUCCUUGACCAGUGUGCCCAGGUGGCUCUGUCCUCAAUAGGUGGCAGCAGGUCACAGAAGGUCAAAGUUCACCCAGAUCUCAUGGUGAAAGUGCUUUACCAGUACUGUGGAGACAAACCGACCAACAGCACAGUUAGUACUUGGCUACAAGAUAACACAGUGCAGUGUGUAGAUCUUCCCAAGUCCAGCUGCUUUUCACUGUUUUCAUCUCUUGUUAGCAGUACCAAGAUCUUGCCUCAGUCUCUAAGGAUGGCCAAUGAUUUUUAUGUUGGAUAUUUGAAAAGGUGAAAAACCUUGGGAUUGUGUUGGCAAUUUUUCUGUAACCAGAGGGAUUCAAGUGGCGCCAUUAAAGUAACAAAACAUAGCCCAAAGACUUGUUGUAAAAGAAUGUCAUUUUAUGACAAACAUUAAUAAAACUGUUUUUGUAGUUUAUAAAAAGUACUCAUUUAAUUAUGUGGGAACAGUUCUUGCUGUUGUACCACUCGAUUAAUAUAUUUUAUUUAUUUAUUUUUUAAGAAAGAUUUUGUAAUAUUCUAGUCAGUCACAAAACUCUGUAUGUUACAUAUAAGUAGCUUUAUUAAUAAGGACAUAUACACAUAUAGUGGCAAGACAAACUUUGCAGUUUGAAUACAAUAAACAUACAUAACAAAAAAA